AACCCUAGCCAGUGUUCCUCUUCUUCCUCUUCCCCAAAACCCUAGCCGUCACCGUAGCGCGGAGGAGGAGCUUCUGCUGCCGCCGCCAUGCCCGCGGGUCACGGAUUGCGUUCCCGAACGCGGGAUCUCUUCGCGCGCCCGUUCAGGAAGAAGGGGUACAUCCCCCUCACGACGUACCUCCGCACCUACAAGAUCGGGGAUUACGUCGACGUCAAGGUGAACGGCGCCGUGCACAAGGGCAUGCCCCACAAGUUCUACCAUGGCCGCACCGGGCGCGUGUGGAACGUUACCAAGCGCGCCAUCGGCGUCGAGAUCAACAAGCAGGUGGGAAACCGUAUCAUCAGGAAAAGGAUUCACGUGCGGGUGGAGCAUGUCCUGCCUUCGCGAUGCACUGAAGAUUUCCGUGAGCGGAAGAAGAAGAAUGACCAGCUGAAGGCGGAGGCCAAAGCUCGCGGUGAAAUCAUAAGUACCAAGCGGCAGCCUGAGGGCCCCAAACCUGGGUUCAUGGUCGAGGGAGCUACGUUGGAGACGGUCACCCCUAUUCCCUAUGAUGUGGUCAAUGAUCUCAAGGGUGGUUAUUAGAGUGUGUUUCUUUACAAUUGUCAGUGUCCUUUUCUUUUUGCCUCUUAUAAGAUUUUGGCUAUUUUCUGGUGUUGCUUUUUAAAUUCAAGAUUUUUUUUGUCUGCUGAGAACUUAUCUGUGGCAAGUAAAUCUCUGGAUGAUAGUGUUAAUUUCAUAUUAGUUUUGUUUGUGCUAAUUGUGGCUUUCUCGGGAAUUCAUUUCAGAGGCUUCAUCUUGUAUCGACUUUAUGUAGCAACUAUGAUAAUCCAUUGAAGUCUAGCAUAUGAUUGUUGAGAAUA